UUUCAGUUCGACUAUUUGUGUAGCGAAGGUAAGGCAGUGAAGACGAGUAUUUCAAUUCAAAUGCUUGGUAUCUUGUUCGGUACAAUUUUCUUCGGACAAAUGAGCGACUCGUAUGGCCGUCGGACUGUAAAUCUUAUUAAUUUUCUUCUUUUUACCUGUCAUGCUGUGCUCUUGAUCAGUAGUACAACUGCAAUCAUUUUCGGUGCAGUGAGCUCGUUUGCGGGUUCACUGUGGACAAUGACCGCAUGGAGAGUGCUGACCGGUUUCCUUGCCGGUGGCGAAGUUGUGUAG